AUGAUCCCGCACUCACGUCGAGUUGUUGGCAAUGCCCUGUCGUCCUUUGGAAAGAUUGAACAAGCACUUGUUGCAGAUUCGAAAGGACAAACAGCAGAUGACUGUGAAUCUCGGGAAACUUGCCUGCGAAGCCGCCUAAACAGACUUUCUUCCUAUUCUUCUUCUUCGGUACGCCUCCUAGGCGUAACAUUUAUAUCUUUGGCCGUGAUCUACUUCCUGCUGCGUUGUUUUGACUUGACAAGAGAAAGAUAUCGGGUGGCUCGGCUAACGAGAUCGCUUGCAGCUGGCGGCGUUGGAGCAUGUCACGGCGAUGAGGAAGAUGGGGAAGAUGCGGAAUGGGGGGAGCGUUGGAAUAGGGCGCCCGAAGGAACUGCCAUGGAGCGCUGGACACGUGAAUACUCCUUUGAUUUUCCUGUACGGCAGGGAGAAGGUACGCUGCGCUUGCGAUCAAUGCCGACGGUCUCCACGGUUGGUGGUUUCAGAGGAGGUCGUGGAGUUGUUGCAGACAGGGAACUCGCUACAACUGCGUCGCAGACGGCGGGAUUUGCAGAAGAACUGAAGAAGAAAGAGCAUUCCGCUGGGGGAAGAGCUGCUUCACAGUAUCCGCAACCUUCAGGAGUUCCCCCGCCUGGUCCUGGAGGGCUUGGACGAGGGAAGUAUGGAGGUGAACAGAAUGAAAUGGACGCGAGGCUACUCCAAGGGGAGACCUGGGAAAUGUGGGAAGGCAGAAAUCUACCCCGCUAUGCUGAAGUGCGGCUUGAGAGCGUGUUUAAGCGCAUGGGUGAAGCUGCAUCGGCUUGCCGGUCUUUGUUGGGGGUGCUAACGCAGAGUCAACAACUGCGACUAUCAUAUGAAGUGAUGAGAUUACUGUCACUUGAACUAGGUGCAAUAUCCCUUGUCCCACAACAUCUAGAACAUCUAAGGUCGAAUCUUGGUGACACGAUUAUUAAGUUGGGGAUCGACGUUCUGCAGCGCAGUGUAGGUCUGCCGAGUAUUGACGCCUACCGAGAGCCUGUUUGCGAACUGAUCACCUUGGUACGUGAGCUUCAACAACCGCGCUUGACUACGGAGGAGAACGUCGCCCAUCGGUAUAGAAAAAAGAUGCUUGCUAUCUUGCAAACAGCCACAGCGGUGGUAGGGUAUUGUUUGGGUUUGGUAGAGAGGCUGCUGAAGUUCAAGAAUGGGGAAAGCUUAGCACUACCUUCAAGCCUGUUCGAGCAGCAAAUGAAUGUGCUCAAGGCGUUGUACGACGUUCAUUCUGCUCAAGUCUCAAUGGAUGCUUCACUGCGAUACUACAUAGUUGACUGCCAAAAGCGCACCAGAAUAUAUCUCAUUUUGGGUCUCCGCCACCUGGAGAUACGUUCAAACAAGUUGCCUCCGCUAAGGGAAAUGGUGGAUAAAAUACAUGCAGUUGUUGCCAAUGCCGGCGGUCUCUUACCAGCUCCAGAAAUUCCACAUGCAAAUUGCGACACUCCUGUAGCCAGUCCGUCGCGUGCGUCGGAACAACUGCACAGUCUCAGUGAAUUCCCUUCUGGAACACACGGUGACAAGCAGCAGGGCAAAACACUCACUCAUGGAUUGAGCCUUCCGCGAUCGGCAGGCGUGACAGGAUCCCACGGCCUCCAGCCACGUGCUUCUUCAUCACAAGUAUCCCACCCUGUAUUCCCACCGUCGCGCGUCGGGCACCAUGCACACCAACGAACUCAAACGCAUCCUCUUCCAUCGCUGUUUCCCCAUCCGCGGUUUAAUCACUUCUUAUCCGUGGUUCAUCCCCAGGCUCACGAUACCUACCCCAAACCAUCGCAAACGACAACGAAAAUUGGCCUAGAAUCCAUGCUUCCAAUGCUUACUUCUGUAUCCGAACGUGGCAAUGUCAGCUGGCCUCCACCUCCUUACUUGGGUGCGUGGCAAGAACCAGAGCCCCAAACCCACCCUCAUCACCAACGGUCAGGACCUGCCCCCCCUGAAGCGUCUGCGCAUGCGGCAGUGCCCGGAUAUCCAAGCUACGGCAGAUACAGCACUUCUGACCAAGCAGCGCGGCCUCCUCUGCCGUCAGCCGCUGCGGGGCCUGCCGGACGGGUUUCCGGUGGCGCUGCAGGUUGGCACUACGGAACAACCCAUGGAGGCACUUCGCAGCACCAAGAAGCAGAGCCGGUGGAAAGGGUGGGAGGUCUGUUGGGGGAGCUCCUCAAGGGCGGUCUCAAAAUCGAGGAUGUCUUCCCUGAUGAAAAGCCGGCACAGCUGUAG